CCGCCCUCCAGUUUCCCCCCACCGAAAAUCUUCACCAACGCCCUCCUUUCCAACCCAGACAUCACCUCCCUCAUCCGCGACACCGAAGCCCACGAACGCGCCCUCUUCUCCGUCCCCGCACCCCCACCACCACCAACCACCACUCCCCAUCCCGAGCAACCUAAACCCUCCAACCGCAGGCAAACAGUGUUCAACGUCGCCGCCGGAGAAGUCACCACCGGACCAGCACCCAACUCCUCCACCCGCCGAUCCACCGCCGUCGCCGCCGUUUUGGGCGGUGAUCUCCACGCGCAUCUGACCCGUAGACACAAGGAAGGCGAGGCCGACAUUGAACUACUACUACAAGGUGCCGAGAAGCUUUGUGGUGUCUAUGCCUUACCGGGCGCGCUGGAGAGGAUACCGCAACUAAGAAGAAAGUGGGAGAUGCAAGGGCAUACGCUCGCAUAUUACGAGCAAAAGGUCGCCGAGCAACAAGAGCAAUUGCAGGCCAUGAAUCAACGAAACGAAUGGGAUGAGGACGAGGAAAUGGAGCAUGUGGAGGAAAAGGGGGAUUACAUCACAGAGGAGGAUUUGCGGCGGGAUGAGGAGGAGCUGAGGAAAUUGGAGAGGAAGAGGCGGGAGCUGCAGGCCAAGUUGAAGAGCUUGGAAGGUGAUAUUGGGGGGUUGAUGGAUAUUUGA